GCGCCGAGCGUAGUAGUGCCGCGUCAGGUAUUGCCGCGCAAGGUAUUUCUCGCGAUCGAAGUGUGUUUAUUAUUUUUGAAGGAUUUUCUCAGGAUUAUUAUUUUUAAAGGAUUUUCUUCUAUCACCACUUGACAGCUGCCGACCGCAGCGAGACAGGCAUGAGGACUUUUUGGACCAUCAUUCUUGGCGUUAUCAUCGUGAUCGCUGCGGUGCACGCCAAGCCUACGAUUUACAAAAAGAAUCAAGAUAAUGUAUUCGAGCCAGUAAUGGUACCCGUUUCAUCCACGGUAAUUCCAUUACCUGUGUAUAAAGUAGGCUAUGGCUUAGGAUUCAUAUCGAAAGAUAAGAAGACCCAAUCAUCAUUCAAACCAGAAGGUGGCAUAAAAUUGAUUACGAUCAGCAAAGUCCAAGAAAAGAAGAUCUAAUGUAAAUAUUCUAAAUUAUGUCAAGUAAUAUUUGUUGGAUCGCAUCUUCAGAGAAUGUUUGAAACCUGUGCGUUCUGCUAUUAAUCACACUUACUUAUGCGCCUGUUAUUGUUAAGUUAUUUAAUUAAGAAGCUCUAUACACCAAAAAAAUAGACCUCCAUAAAUGUUAAUUUUUAAUUAUUUUAUCAUCGAAAAUGUGUAUUAUCUCUAAGAUAUUAAAUCAAAACUAGGCAGUUACAUACUGUAUGUAUAUGUACGAA